AUGGCUGUUUUCACACCUCUCCUCGUCUGUGGGGUGUGCACGUUGCUUUCAUCAGUUGCACUCUACGUUUUACAAGUUUUUAAACGAGUGGCUUUAAAUUUGCCUCCUGGUCCGUUUCCUCUUCCCAUCCUUGGCAACCUGCACUUGCUGGACAUCAGAAGGCAGGACAAGUCACUCAUGAAGAUUUCAGAGAAAUAUGGCCCAGUGUUCACGGUCCAUCUGGGGUUUCAGAAGGUGGUGGUGCUGACUGGCUACGAGGCAGUGAAGGAUGCCCUUCUGAACACUGCGGAUGUGUUUAUGGACAGACCAGCUAUACUCAUAUUCUGUCACAUCCAGCAUGGAAAUGGUGUGUUCUUUUCUUCUUGAGAGCUCUGGAGGACAAUGCGACGGUUCACCAUAGCCACCAUGCGGGAGCUCGGCAUGGGGAAGCAUCAUGGGGAGGAAAGCAUGCUUGAGGAGCUUCACUUUCUUGUUGAGUUGAUCAAAUCCUUCAAAGGUGAAUCUUUCCAGUUAUGAUUUUUUAAUAUGGCUCCCACCAACAUCACCUUUGCUAUUCUCUUUGGGAGAAGGCUUGAUUAUGAAGACCCAACAUUUCUCACUCUGUUAAGACUCAUAGAUGAAGUUAUGCACCUUCUUGGCUCUCCGUUCCUGCAUUUAUUUAAUUUCUACCCCUUCCUUGGAUUUCUCCUCAAACCCCACAAGAUGAUACUGCAAAAAGUAGAAGAGGUGUGUGUGAUCUUAAAGAAGUGCAUCGAGGAAAGCAAAGAAAGCAUUCAUGAAAACUUCCUGACAAGCUACAUUGAUGCUCUGAUGUUCAAACAAGAGGAGCAAAUGAAAAGAAAUACACUUUUUAAUGAUGCACAUAUAUUGGCUUCUGCACUUGACCUUCUCAUGGCUGGCACUGAGACAACAUCCACCACGCUGCAAUGGGCCAUCCUGCUGCUGCUCAAGUACCCUGAGAUCCAAAAAAAGGUGCAUGCAGAGAUUGAGCGAGUUCUUGGACCUGGAUUUGCCUACUUUGGGGGCCGGAAAAAGAUGCCAUUCAGCAAUGCAGUGAUCCACGAGGUGCAAAGAUUUGCCACUCUCCUGCCACACAUUCCACAGUGCACCUCAGCUGACACCCACUUUAAAGGCUACUUCAUCCCCAAGGGAACAACAGUGAUUCCUCUGCUCACCUCCAUCCUGCUGGUUAAAACACAAUGGGAGACGCCAGAGGAGCUCAACCCCAACCAUUUCCUUGAUGCAGAAGGGAACUUUAUAAGGAAGGAGGCAUUCCUGCCCUUCUCCACAGGGCGCAGAAACUGCAUUGGAGAGAGUCUUGCCACGAUGGAGCUCUUCAUCUUCUUCACAGGCUUGAUGCAAGUUACUUUCAAACCUCCACCUGGAGUCAAAGAAUCUGAACUGGACAUGACUGCAGAGGCUGGAUUCACCAUGAGAUCCCAUCCACAAUGUGUCUGUGCUGUGCUACGUCCAUAA